AUGCUUUUCUUCAAAAUCAUCAUUGCUGCUGUUCUAGCAGCCACAAUCUCCGCCAGCCCUGUCCAAGUUGACCAAACUGUAACUCGCGAAGUCCUACAACGACGAAAUCUGGGUGGUGAUAAACCCAAUCCUAUUACUAAAGCCCCAACCUGCUCGCAAUGUCCACCACCCUCCCGAUCACACGGUUGUUGCUGA